GUUUCACUUUCUGUUGGUGUGGGUGGGUCUACUCUCCUUAAAUAAUGUCUAUUUUCCACCGCACCACCAUCUGCUUUCAACCAUCCUUCCCCAAAUUUGAAGCCACGCAUCGCAUCGACAGUAUCAGACACCAAGAAACUGUACCAAUCGCACCUUUUCCAUCUCAAAAUCCCAAUCUUCUUGAUUCCUCAAACCACAAGGAGCACUAAAUUCAACCAAACUCCAGUGUUCAGUCCACAGAAUCAUUUGAUCUAGGGCUUCCUCCCGUCAAUUGACCUGUUGAUUGAAGUUUUGAAGUCAUAACACUGUUCCUCGAUCUGAUUAUCUCUAUUUUUGAUUGAGUUGAACUUAGAUUAGUUGCUUGAUUUAUCGGUGUUGCAAGAGUGAAGAUUACGAUAAUGUCUUGGAAGAACAGAGGUGGUGGAGAGUCGCAUUCAAGAAGUUUGAUGUCAAGACAGUUGACCCUAUUCUUGUGUGCCGGUUGCUUCUUCGCCGGAAUGCUCUUUACGGACAGAUUGUGGAUCGAGCCUGAAGCUAAAGAGCUAUCAAAACCAACUGGAACUGAAUAUGAACAAAUUAAAGUCCUAGCAGAUGGUUGUGACACAAGACUAAAGGACGUUAGGAGGGAUUCCAAAGAUAUAAUCCGUGAAGUUUCAAAAACACAUAAUGCAGUCCAAACACUAGAUAAAACAAUUUCAAGCUUAGAGAUGGAACUAGCAGCUGCAAGAGCAAUGCAAGAUUCUAUACUUACAGGAUCUCCUAUAUCUGAUGAUUUAAUGUUACCUGAGCCCAUUAAGAAAGGAAAAUAUCUAAUGGUUAUAGGCGUUAAUACUGCUUUUAGCAGCCGAAAGAGAAGGGAUUCUGUACGUGCUACUUGGAUGCCUCAAGGUGAUAAACUUAGGAAACUAGAGGAAGAAAAGGGUAUUGUUAUGCGAUUUGUUAUAGGUCAUGGUGCUACAUCCGGUGGUAUUCUUGAUAGAGCUAUUGAAGCCGAAGAUAGAAAGCAUGGGGAUUUCUUGAGGCUGGAGCAUAUUGAGGGAUACCUUGAACUAUCUGCCAAAACAAAAACAUAUUUUACAACCGCUGUUGCUUUGUGGGAUGCUGAUUUCUAUGUCAAGGUUGAUGACGACGUGCAUGUAAAUAUAGCGACACUUGGAGCAACCUUAGCUAAGCAUCGGUUGAAUCCCCGAGUGUACAUUGGAUGCAUGAAAUCUGGUCCUGUGCUUGCUCACAAAGGAGUGAGAUAUCACGAGCCUGAGCACUGGAAAUUUGGUGAGGAAGGAAACAAGUAUUUCCGACAUGCCACUGGACAACUAUACGCCAUAUCAAAAGAUUUAGCCACUUAUAUCUCAAUAAACCAGAACGUACUACACAAAUACGUGAAUGAGGAUGUAUCUCUAGGAUCAUGGUUCAUUGGACUAGACGUGGAGCACAUUGAUGAUAGAAGGCUAUGUUGUGGGACACCACCUGAUUGUGAGUGGAAGGCUCAAGCAGGGAACAUAUGUGUGGCGUCUUUCGACUGGAGUUGUAGUGGGAUUUGCAGGUCUGCUGAUAGGAUCAAGGAGGUUCACAAGCGGUGUGGGGAAGGGGAGGAUGCUCUUUGGAGUGCAUCUUUCUGAUGAUGAUGAUGUCAAAGAGGUGUAAAUCUUUAGAAAAAACAUUAUCUUUCUUUAUAACCAUACUUGAAGAGAAAACCCCCGUGAGUUUGAUGGUGAGAGGGUGCCACUCGAUUUUAGGUGAAGAGGAAGUACCCGAUGUUUUCUUUUUGAUUUGGGUAAAUAUUGUUUUGGCACAAUAAGCUUCAUGGGUACGAUGCAUUUAGCAGAUUGUGAAAUUUAAGUUUGUAAUCUUUAGAUUACGUUGAAAAUGUUGUAGUUGUUGGGAACGAAAAGAUAUUGAUAUGGAAUGAAGCAAACAAAAAACAUCAACGGAAUA